AUGAAUACCAUUUAUUCGAGUCCGCAUAGUAGCAAUUCCAGGCUAUCGUUAAGAAAUAAACAUCACUCUCCCAAGAGGCAUUCCCAAACAAGUUUUCCCACACAAAAGUCCACACCGCAAUCACAACAAUUAUCAUCUAGUACGCCACAAUCCCAGCAGCAGGAAGCUAAUGAAAGGCCAGAAUCACAACAAAUAAUGUUUUUGAGCGAACCAUUCGUAAGAACUGCUUUAGUGAAGGGUUCAUUCAAAACAAUAGUACAACUGCCCAAAUAUGUGGACCUGGGGGAAUGGAUAGCAUUGAACGUUUUUGAAUUUUUCACGAACUUAAAUCAAUUCUACGGAGUUGUGGCAGAAUAUGUAACGCCUGAUGCCUAUCCAACGAUGAAUGCUGGCCCUCACACAGAUUAUUUAUGGUUGGAUGCGAAUAAUAGACAGGUUUCACUCCCCGCUAGUCAAUACAUAGAUCUAGCACUAACAUGGAUAAAUAACAAAGUCAACGACAAGAACCUUUUCCCGACUAAAAAUGGACUGCCAUUCCCGCAGCAAUUUUCAAGAGAUGUACAGAGAAUCAUGGUACAAAUGUUCAGAAUAUUUGCACAUAUUUAUCACCACCAUUUUGACAAAAUUGUACACCUAUCAUUAGAAGCCCAUUGGAACUCAUUUUUCUCUCAUUUCAUUAGUUUUGCUAAAGAAUUUAAAAUCAUCGACAGGAAGGAAAUGACUCCACUGCUACCGUUAAUUGAAAGUUUUGAAAAACAGGGCAAAAUCAUAUAUAAUUAG